GUCUAACUGGAAGCAACACACAUAUAUAAAUCGAAGCCCAACCUUUAUAUUUUCAAAUACGGUAUUCGACGCGAGGGAGUUCGUCCUGACUCAUCGAGAAACUGAGAAACAAUGGCUCGUACCAAGCAGACCGCGCGUAAAUCCACUGGCGGUAAGGCGCCCAGGAAACAACUGGCGACCAAAGCCGCAAGGAAGAGCGCGCCCUCUACUGGUGGUGUCAAGAAACCCCAUAGAUACAGGCCUGGAACUGUUGCUCUGAGAGAGAUUCGUCGUUAUCAGAAGUCAACAGAGUUGCUCAUCCGCAAGUUGCCCUUUCAGCGUUUGGUGAGGGAAAUUGCACAGGACUUCAAAACCGACCUGCGUUUCCAGAGUGCAGCCAUCGGUGCCCUGCAGGAAGCUAGCGAGGCCUACCUUGUCGGUCUGUUUGAGGACACAAACUUGUGUGCCAUCCAUGCCAAGAGAGUCACGAUCAUGCCCAAGGACAUCCAGCUGGCACGGCGAAUCAGAGGAGAGCGAGCAUAAUUUAAUAAUCUCCCAUGCUUUUUUAUUAAUUUUAAUGUUAUUUUUAACUUUUAAUGAGACACUCAAACGCAGUGGAUUUGUACAUUGGAGUCAUUUUUGUAAAACAUUCCUUACAGACUCAGGUUUUUAAAGUGAGUGUAUCUAGAGAACCCAUUUUAGAGCUCAUUGUAAAGCGGCUUUAGUUGCAUGCUUCAAGUAUUUAUCACUUAUCUUUUUACAUUGAGUUGUAAAUAAAUUACACUACCUCA